AUGGAAUUUGCAUUAGGAAUUUGUAUCGUUGCUUUUCUCUCAUUGGUGGCAUUGGCAUUUUACUAUGAACAUCCAAAAGCUGAAAUCCCUCAAGGAGUGGAUCAGCCCAUAAAGCUGUACAUUGUUCAUUACAUCGUGAACUUGGUAUUUGGUCUGGGAAGGAUUUUUGAGAAACUGGGCAUCUGCAAGGAGGUUUACCUCAUCAGGACCUUCUUGUAUGGAAUACUGCCAUGGAAGAAUACUAAGCUCUUCAUCAAGGACUUGGAGUUUGCCAAUGUGUCAGUAAGGGUUUACCAGCCAAAAAUGCCAUCUGCUGGCUUAAGGACAGGAGUCCUUUACUUACACGGAGGCAUUGGCCAGAUUGGAAGCAUUAGUAAGAAAUUUAAAGAAACUAAGACAUAUGAUAAAUAUGAAGCAUUAUCUAGUUCUUUCUAUUAUGAUAUCUGGUAUUUUGCUGCUAAGUCUUUCCUUCUGUGGAAAUUUGUACUUAUCCUUGGAUUUCUGUUCUCUGACCAUACACAAAUUUUCCCUUUAAUUGGUGAUACUGGACACAGGAAAAUUGGAGGCUUGGUGAAUUUAAUGAAUAGUUUCUGCCAAAAAGGAAUGUAUGAAAGAGUCUGCCGAUUUAUUGCCCGUGAAAGUGACUCAGUGGUUGUGUGUGUUGGGUAUCGUUUGGCUCCUGAGCACCCAUAUCCGACCCAGUUCUGGGACUGUCUUGCUACUGCCAGACACUUUAUGAUGACAGCGGAAGACUAUGGGGUGGAUUCUGCCCGUAUCAUCAUCUGUGGUGACAGCAGUGGAGGCACACUCACUGCAGCGGUGUGCCAGGCACUUGUGAGUAGAACAGACUUGCCAAAGCCACGAGCCCAAAUCAUGCUCUAUCCAUUUCUCCAAGCGUUGGACUUUAAUUUGCCUUCUUAUCAGCAAAAUGGUUCAGUCCCUCUCUUGUUAAGGAAUCGGGCCGUCGCUCUUGGUCUACAGUAUCUCAACAAGGACUUGUCACUGAUGAAAGGCAUCCUAGAAGGUUCCCAUGUGCCCAAGGAUUUGAAACUGAAGUUUGGGAAAUGGCUAAGUCCAGACAAUAUUCCUGUGGAAUUUAAGACCAGAGGCUACAAACCACAUGUCCCCUCUUCCUACUCAGAAGAACUUCACACGAUGGCCAAACAAGCUUUCGAGACGACCUUUUCCCCACUUUUAGCAGAAGAUGCCAUUGUGUGCCAGCUCCCUGAGGCGUUCAUCUUGACCUGUGAGUAUGAUGUGGUCAGGGAUGAUGGACUGUUGUACAAGAAAAGACUGGAGGACAAUGGUGUUCCAGUGACCUGGUACCAUGCAGAGAAUGGAUUCCACGGCAUGCUAUUUCUAAUUGAUUAUGGAGUUGUUUCCUUUCCAUGUGGAAAGAGAGCAAUGGGCAGUGUGGUAAACUUUAUAAAAGGCUUAUAACCCCUCCCAAUAAAAACAGUCCCCCUAGUCCUGUUCUUCAGAGCUGGGAGUCUUGAAUUC